AUAGGGCACGAGUAAAUACGUUCAGCAACUUGGAAAAAAUAAUGACAUCUUCAUAUUCAACGAUGCAGAAUAAACAUGCAUAAGGAUUAAAUGAGUAAACAGGUUUUCUUCAUUCUGAUGAUCAUGUUGUCUAGAAAGCAUACCACUUCUUCCUCCCUUGUGGGCCGUUCCCAAGCCUAGAGAAUGUGUCCACACCCUCCACUUACUCUACUCUAACAAACUCAUCUCGCGUCUCAUCAUCCACAUCCACUAUGAAUCCACAUCACCAUGUCUCCACUUCCAAUCUCUUCAUGCCAGAAAAAGGAAUUUCUUCCCACCAGGGUGGAAAUUCUGCCAUUAACUACCCACAUCCUUCUAUUUUAGGGGGAUAUUCCCUAACAGAUAGCCAGUUUCACAUUCGAUUACCCCUCAAAGAGGACAUGGGCGAACCCAAGCACGACAACGCCAAAGUCGAUCUGUAUUCCAUGGCAGAGGAUAAAUCGGGCUUAGGGGUCAUGAACUCUUUCCCCGACUCCGGCGAUCAGACCAGUCCUAUAACACCAGUGCCGAGGUCCACCCCCCACAUCCAUCCAUUCCGCCCGUCCGCCAAUUCGGGCGACGCGAUGCUCAGUGCCAUUAACUACAAUGAAAACGAAAUUUUACAAGACGGGCCCUUCGACGUGUCUGUGGCAGGGACCCUUCCGAACCUGGACGACGGGAUGAUCCUGCCCAACAUGGGGACCCAGGAUUUGUUUGACGGGGAGGGGAAUAUGGACGAACCCUAUGAUAUGGAGGAGGCGUUUGGGGACCCUAGUCCAGGGUUGGUGGGCGAAGGCAAUUUGGGAUCCGUCAUCGACCCCGAGGGGCUCAGUAUAGACCCACGACUUGCGGAGGGAGUCGGGAAGAAGAAAAUGAAGGGUAAGCAGAUGAAGACUCCACCCCAGGGAUCCCCCGGUCGUAACUCGAACCUCCUGAUGUGUACCACGUGUAACAAGUCCUUCAACAACACUAGUGCCUUGGCAAAGCACAGGCUUACCCACAGUGACGAAAGAAAGUAUGUCUGUAACUUGUGUCAGAAGGCCUUCAAAAGGCAGGAUCACUUAAACGGUCAUCUGAUGACACACCGAGAGAAGAAGCCGUACGAGUGCACCGUGGAGAACUGUCAGAAGAGUUACUGUGACGCGCGGUCUCUGAGGCGUCAUCUGGAGAACCACCACAACCAAUCACCAGAGCAGAUCCAGGAGGCCAUCGCCAAGGUGGCACAGAAUGCGGCAGCCGUGAUCGCCGCUGCCGCUGCCUCCAACACCGCCUCCAUCAAAGCUUCUGUCACCUCCACACAAACCAGUCCAGGCAGUUGCAGUGCCUCUUCUGCCAUAUCGAGCACUUCUGUGGGAAAUCAGAGCAUCCAUAGUGACGUAACAUUACCAGCUAUAGAAGGAGGGGGUUAUAGUUCACAGUAUGCGAGUGAAAGUUCUACCCCUGUGACAAGUCCUACCUACGGUGUGCCACAUGCACCACAGACGGCUUUCCAGUAUGAGCAACAGCAGCCUCAGGGAGGGGGUCAGGGGGGUCAACAGGGGGGGAUGGGGGAGCUAGAACAACAAGUGCAGGUCUCUCAGCAACAGGCGGUGCAGGAAUGGCAGCUAAAGUUGCAACAGGAACAAGAGCAGCAGGCAGCUCAGGCCUUGAAAGAGCUUCAGCUGAUGAAACUGCAACAGCAACAACAACAGUUUUCACAGCAACCUAUGUCAUCUGAGUCAGCAAUGUUUGGAAUACUGGAAUCACAACAGCAACAUGCGGAUCAGCAAGCAGUGCAUGACCUGCAGCUGAAAAUCCAACAGCAGCAACAAGCUGCACAGCAGGCUCAAAUACAACAGCAGCAGCAGGUCUCCCUAGCAUCUCAGUUGCAGCAGACACAGCAAGCUCAGUUGCUGCAGUCUUCACAAAUGCAACAGGCUCAAGAGCUUCAGCACCAGUUACAGAUGCAGCAACAAUUGCAGGAGGUUAUGGAUUCACAAGGACUGCAGCCAUCAGUAGGAUUUCCUGGACAAAACUGGCAGGCACCUUCACUGAAUCCUGGGGUUAAGCAGGAACCCAUGCCCCAAAGUACAGGGGAGGAACAGCCAUCUAAUUAUCUAGGUCAGGUCAGCCCCAUCAGCCCGGCCCCGGGCCAAAUAAACGCAGCCCGCCUCAUCAACCCAUUGAGUGGGGUGUUACCACGUGGAUUCCAACCAAAUGGAAACGACCAAAAAUUGAUGGAUGAAUCAAAACCUGUUGUGUGCAACAUUUGUGACAGAAAAUUUAAAAACAUUCAAGCUUUAAAUGGACACAUGAGAUUACAUGGUGGAUACUUCAAGAAGGAAGUAAAAGAAGAUAAGAAAACAAAGAAAAUGAAUCCGAUGAUGGCCCCUCCCUCACCUGUGGGGCAAAAACCCGGGCUUCCUGGGCAGCCAUUCCAGGGGGGCAUGGAUCAAGUUGGAUCCUCCCCUAAUCAACACAACCAAAUGCAAUAUACCUUACAGUCACCGGUCCCUCCUGACUCCCCUAUGUCUGACACGCCCACCAUGUACAAAACAGCCCCUCCCACUCAGCCUCAGUUCUGGGAUCAGCUUUCAGAGCAACAGAUACAGCAACUUUUACAGCAGGAACAGCAACAAAUGCAGAGUGGCUUGGAGAGGCAACAAAAACAGCCUAUUCCUCACCCUAUUCUUCAGCGUCAAGGCUCAAUGGAGACAAACGAGUAUAGUUACGAUAAUGUACAGCCACCAGUCACUCAGAUGCACGCUCAGAAUGCUCCACACCAGGCUGUGAGUGCGAUGGAAACUCAGGAAUAUUCCAGCAACCUAGCAGCUCAGGUACAGCAACUUGUGCAGCAGCAGAUCCAGCAGCAACAAGAACAGCAACAAAGGACAGUGGACAAUUUUAGCUCUCCGCUUCGAAAUUCUCACAUUAAUCUCAAUUCGUUACCCGAUCCCAUGAAUCCUUUGAAUGUGCAGACCUCGUCGAGUUCCCUUCAACCAAAAUUUGCUCAGAGUCAGUAUGGGUCUCAACGGGUGAAACAAGAGGGUGGUGGAGGGAUGAAAGAGGCGCCACUUGGGGAACCACUUUCCCAGCUGGCUUCCAGUCAUGUGACCUUGGUGUCAACAUCGAAGCACCAAGGGAUGACAGUGGCUCAGCUGCUUAACAGCAUGGAAACCCCCGAGGGACUCAAACAGUUCGAGUUAGUGGAACCCGCUGAGUCCACAGGAAGUAGGAAUAUUAACAGUGGAAAGGCCAGUAGCUCACAAACUGUUCCAAGAUCCGUGGCUUCCAGUCAUCCGUCGUCUGUUUAUCCGGAGAUGGGACACUCUAAUCCGUCGGAUUUAGGGAAAGUGAUGGAUAUCAAUUCGGCUUUAGAUGACAUUAAUAGCACUAUUGCCGAGCAUGAGAUGCGAGAUCGCAGGAAAUCGCAGGAGGAAGGGAAAGAGGUGAAGGCAGCAGAAAUAUAUCCGUUCUCGUUUCCCAAAGUGACUAUCACAGACACAGGGAGAGACAAAAGUGAAGUGAAAGAACUUCACAAAGUAGAGAAGGGGGAUAAACACAAGGAGCUCAAACGUAGACUUUCAGGUAGUGAUUACGAGAAACCAAAGAUAUCUGUGAACUUUGCCACCCAGAAAUUUCCAACCAAAGACGAGUCAUUUGUUAAACCCUCUCCGUCCAUCUGUAGUCCAGAGACAAAACAGCGAAUGAGGAGUAAAUCGGGGGACGACUUCAAGCUGCUCCGAUCGCAGAGCGUGGAUAAUACGUUCAUGAGACCCAGGAGCAGAACCGAGGCAUCACUGCAUAAAUUUAAAUCUCACGACGGGAAUUGGGACUCGUCCAAAUUGUCAAAGUCCGACGGUGCGGGGCAGUUUAGGAACCCCAAUUCGCUGGGAACGUUAAAAAUGAGGAGGAAACACCGACCCUCUCCCCUCUUUAUACCAACGUAUCUCAACAACUCGGGAUUUCAGAGCAGGCUAAGGUCUCCCAGGAUAUUACCCGGGGAAUCCCGUGGGGGGAAUACCCCACCUCCAUACACCCCUCCCCCUAUGCUGAGCCCCAUUCGGAGCGGCUCUGGACUUUUCUGUUCUUUGUCAGGGUAUAUCCCGAUAACCCCCAAGUCAGCACCUUUGACCCCUAGGAAUUCUCUGUUGUUAUCAGCGAGGAGUAUUAGUUCUUUGAAGUCAGAUAUCGGGGACAUUCAAGAAGAGGAGGAACCACAGCCUGAGGCGGCAGUAGAACCCCCGCCAGAAACGGACGUGUUGCCGCAUGUGAAUAUUGGAAGUCAGUAUCAGGCAGAAAUACCUCCAUUUAAUGAAAACAGAUCUGAAGCAAUGAACACAGAGAGUAGGGAAGAGAUGGUUUGGACUCCGUCAUCAAUGGCAGACAAUUCAGAGGAAGAUGUGCAAUAUUACCAGGAAUUCAGCUGUAGUGCUGGUGUACCGGGGAAUGGGUGUAACGUGGAAUAUGCCUUACACCUCCUCCACAUUCUCAAGGGCGAUAUCAAGGAAGCCAUGUUAAAGCUGAUGGAAGGGAAGAUCUCAUUACCAAAGAAAAAUACAUUGCUAGAUUAUAAAUAUCAAGAAACUGACCAGUGGUCCUCAGAAGAAAUAGAAAAAUAUCAACAAGCUCUGUGGAAGUGUGAUAAAGAUUUCUUUAAAAUAUCAAAAGAGAUUGGUACAAAAACAACAAAAGAAUGUCUUCAUUUCUAUUACCUGUGGAAGAAAGUAUGUCCAGACGAGCACAAGAGAUUGCGGAUCAUCCGUCGGAAGAGAGAGCACGAUCGUCUGUACAAUCUCAGGUCUCAGCAAGCUGCUGUUCAGGCUCAGACUCAACAAGCGACAGCAGCCGAAAAUCCGAGUUUCCCAAAACCAGAGGAAAACGAUCUGGUGGAGUCAGACUCGGAAUCGAUCGAGUCCAUGGACACUGACAAUCAACCAGAUAAAGACGAUGCCCGUUCCGUUUCGUCGUCUGUGAGUGCCUCGCCUGUGCCUACCUAUACCUGUGAUUACCCAGACUGCUUUGCUAGUUUUACUUCGAAGCAAGGAUUGAAUGGCCACAUUCGUAUUCAUGGAGGAGGCUUAACGACAAAGAACGCCGCAGGAGACAGUGGUGGUUCACAGGAAGCGCGAGGAGUGUCCCAGGAGGCACGGGGCCCUGGACGGCCCUCCACCAAAACCUCCAAACCCCCUAAACCCUCCCCUGUUAAUGACGGGGAUCAACCUACAGAAGUAUUUCCUUGUAAACUCUGUGGAAGAGUGUUUCACAAAGUGAAGAGUAGAAGUGCCCACAUGAAAAGUCAUAGGAUGGCAGAAAAUGAGAAGAACAAAGUGAAACAGAAUAACAAUGUAGACAUAUCUUUAAAUUCAAUACAGGGGUCACCGUUUCGGUGAGUUGACCCCUGGAACAUUUCUGGUGCUUUAACAGAAAGUGGCCUAUAUAUAUAAUCCGGGCAGUCUACCACUACAAAUUAUGGCAGCUUCUUAGAAAACGAGGAAGAAAAACAUCGUUUUGUUGUUUGUUUUUAAACAUUUAUGACAUUGGACCACAAGAGCCAGGGUAAAUGCUUGAGAAAUGCAGGAAAGGGAAGUCACUGUGUCGAUUUGAAUCUCAAAGAUUUACGGGUAUACGUGAAUUUUCCUAUCCUGGGUAGAUUUGAAAGAUCUGCUUCAGCAAACCUUGACUUGGAAUGAAUCAUUGUGUGUUUAGAUAUUUUUUUUAUCAUUUGACUGCACUGUUUUACCUUGGUAGUUAAAUCUUCGUCAUUUUUAGCAUUACACCAUCAUAAAUUGGGAAUUUUGUUUUCAAAAUGUAAGUUAUUUAUAAUCAUUGGUAUAUUAUCAUUAAUAUGGUGCAUGUAAGUUACAACUAAGUCAUCCAUGGAUAUUAUUUUUGUAUUCAUUUGUAGUGUCUUGAAAAACUUGUGUAACUGUCAAUAUUUUUUUCCAUUUUCCAGUAUUUGGAUUAAUGAAAGUCACCUUUCUUCAUUCAAGUCAUUAAGAAAAAUUUAUUAACAUGAUUAAUGGGGAAAUAAUUUAUACAGUGGACCUUCAGAUAUCCGGACGCCAGAUAUCCGGAUGCUUCAGUAUCCGGACGAUUUUUCAUCGGAACGAAAUUUUUAAAUGUUAUUUUGUCUUGUUUAACUGGUGAUUCAGAUAUCCGGAUGCUUCACAUAUCCGGACAAAUUGACUGGGAACCAAAGCGUCCGGAUAAAUGAGGGUCCACUGUACUUUGAAAUGAUCAAAUCACUUAUUAUAGGCUUUCAUUUUUUUUUUUUGCAUUAAAUGCGGAAAGUUUGUAUAUUUGAAUAAGGGAGGUAAUUCAUUCAUCACUUCAUCUUCUGAAAGACAGAUAGUGUCAGAAUUCUCAUUCCAAAAAAGCUUUUUGUGGCAGAUGAUAAAAAAUAUCCGGUGAUAGGAGUUCAAAGUAUGCAGUUGGGGUUUGUGAUGGCAGUCUUUGGGAAAGACAGCAAGGGUCCAAUGCUUUGUCUGUGAUUUUGUUACAUGUGAUUGGAAACGUCGUGUCGGUCAUUAUGUGUCAUUGGCAUUCCAUGGAAGCUAAAAUGUACUUAUUUCAUGUUGUGGUUAGAUUUUUGGAAAAAACAUUUUUUUUUGGUUUCAGGUAGCAUGAAAGAAAUUGUUCAUGACGUGAUUUUGGGUUACCCUUGGGUAGAAUCUUAUUUUGGAAAGAGCAAUGGUGUCAUAAGUUAUUUGUGCUUGUGCCCCAAAGGAGAAGGGCAUAAAGGGGGAUUAGGAAGGGACUUUUAAAGAGAAAUAGUUAUUAUAGAUAUUGAAAUUCAUUUUGUAAAUGUAUGUUUAAAUUGUAGAGUUACAUUAAAGUCAUGGCACUGAAGCUA